AUGAGGCUCACGGUCGAGCUCCUUCAGAAUUCCCCCUCCUGGCUUAACGCGUUGAAAGAGCGUGAGCUCGAGCUACGAGGACAUCGUAUCCCCACCAUCGAGAAUUUGGGCGUUGCAGGUCCGCAAGAUUGCAUUGACUUCGUCGACAAUGAUAUCCAGGUACUGGGGAACUUCCCCCUAUCCCCGCGCAUACGGUCCCUUCUCCUACAGCGAAACCGCAUCGCAUCCAUACAACCUACCCUCGUAAACUCGAUCCCCAACCUCACAACUCUGCAACUAGAGUCGAACAACCUAAGCGAACUGGCAGAUCUGGACCCGCUUGGAUCUUUCCCGAGGCUUACACACUUGGUACUACGAGAUAACCCCGUCACGAAGAAGGAGUACUACCGUUACUGGAUCCUAUGGCGCUGCCCGACGGUCCGAUUCCUCGACUUCGAGAAGGUGAAAGACGCAGAGCGAAAAGAAGCCGCGACCCUAUUCGGCACCGCAGAGGAGCCCACUGAAUUAGCCUCCAAGAUCAUGGGCGUCAAGUCUAAGACAUUUGACUCGGUGCUUUCCGCUAACGGCGCUCCUUCCGGGGCCCUACCGACGCGCAUGUCGCGCAUCAAGCUUACGGAGAAGGAGAAGACGCGCUUGCAGGACAUGAUCAAGAAGGCCACGAGCCUGGACGAGAUUACGAGGCUCGAGGCUAUGCUACGAGAGGGCAGGAUUCCGGCUGGUGUACAUUUGAACGACGAGAUGGAGGAGUGA